CCAGGAUGUUCUACAAGAGAGAGGUGUUCCUCAGCAACGUGGAGGAGGCCUGCCCCAUGACCUGCGUCAUAGGUAAAUGUGUGGUGUCGUCCUUUAAGGACUACCUUUCGUGUCGGCCCACUGAGGUGUCUGAGGAGGACGUGUUUCUGUGUGAGAGCCGUUACAUUGAGAGUGAGAAGCAGAUGAAGAAGUUUAAGGGCCUGAAGCGCUUCUCCCUCCACGCUAAGGUGGUGGACGACGAGGUCUACUACUUCAGGAAGUUGAUAGUGCCCCAGAAGGAGCCAUCUCCUCUGCUGAAUAAGAAGAUUGAGGAACUGGAGCUGAAACUGGCAGACAUGGAUGAGGGGGAUGAGGAUCUGGAUGACCUGGAGGAUGAGAGCGAGGCUCCAGAGACCCCCUCCAUGCCCACCAUUCAGACCCCUCUGGCAAGCGAUUUGGACAUCAUGCCUUACACCCCUCCUCCCCAGGUCUUACAAACACCCACACGCACUGAAUGCCCAACUGUUGUACCCUUCCACACACACACGCCUCUCCUCGCCCCAAAUAUCUUAUCCCUUCCUCAUAUACAGCCACUCACACACCCUUGGCCCAAUGUCUUACUUUUAUCCAAGCAUCCAGUUCGUAUGCCUACUCCCACCUAAUCCCUCCAUUCAGCCAGUCAUGCAUCACACAUAGCUCUAUGCAGAUUUUACACCCAUUGCCAUCAUUACCCCAAGAUCUUAAAACUUCUACUAAGCUAACAUAUGGAAUUGUUUUAAGAUGGUGAUACAAAGGAUAAUU